CAACUUGUGCUCCGGUCUUCAGUCUCGGUCUCAGUUUCUCUCUCUCUCUCUCUCUCUGUGUGUGCUGUGUGUGUGUGCUAGGUUCCACAUCGAAGACCCCUUCGCCAGCGCCAAGCUCUCUGUGCACUGCACUGCACUUGGGUUUUUGCAUGUGCAUUAUAUUAUUUAUAGCAACUUGUUUUCAAAGUCAUUACGUGUCGUGAACGCCGCCCCGUCGUUGCUGAACCAAUUGUGCAUUUUAAAAACAAUUCAAUAAGCCGCAGCUGGCUUCAGCUGCAAGCGGCCAGAAGGCUAAGUAAACAAGGCUCCGGCUGAGACACAUUCAACAAUUUAUGCGAUAUCUUUUUGGGCUUUUCUGGCGCUUCCUGACACAUCAUUCUCGGCGUGCACUGCCUGCAUACAAAACUCACGGCAAAAAUAUGCAAAUGGAAAAGCGCACGCUGCUGCUUCUGCUGCUGGGCCUCGUGCUGCUGCUGUGCCGCCUCGACGCAUCCCAAGCCGCGCGUCGUCUGCGUAAGAAGCCAAGAGUCUACAAUGCGCUCAUCACCACCGACGAUAAUCUGACCUCCAGCAGGGCCUAUCCUGUCAUUCAGCCCACCAUACAUGAGCCGGGCUAUGCGCCCCUUGGACCCUACAAUCCCUACGGCUACUACAGUCCCCCCUUGGUGCGGUUCGGCCAGCCCAUUGUGCCCGGCUUGACGCCCAACGAACGGCUGCCUUAUCCGCUGCCCACUGGAGCACAGUAUCCGUCGGCUGGAUUUGCACCCUACGAGCAGCGACAGCCUGUGGAUGCGCCUGUGGAAAGGCCUGUGGAGCAACAGCCACUGCCACAGGUGGCUGCGCCAUCACUGGAGCCCCAGGAGAUGACCAAGGAACAGAUGCCGCUGCCAUUGAACGAACAGGGACUGCCGCCCGUACUCAUCCGGCUGCCGUCGCAGUACACGGGUCAGCCGACGCAUCUGCCCCCCUAUCCGUACAGCCAGUAUCCGGUGAUCUAUGACCAGCAGGAUGGCUAUGUGCGCCAGAACUAUCUGCCGCCCUACGAUUACUAUCCCACACAAGGCUAUCCAAUUCGAGAGCCCACAGCAGCAGCAACCGCACCACCAGCACCACCCUCGCCGCCCAAAGAGGAACAGCCAGAGCCACAGCCACUGCCGUUGGAACUGAACCUGGAGCCGGUGCAGCCCAGCUUUGAGGACAUCAGAAACGGAUCGCAGAGUAAAAACAGCCAAGUUCCGGAUGUGCCGCCGCCACCAAUACCCUCGGGUCCCAGGCGUCCGCGACCCGCUGAGCCUGAUAAUUGAGGAGCAGGAGCGGAGGACGCGCGCACACACAAAAUCCAAUCCACACACGUAUUUAUUACCAUAUUUGUACAAUGUCGUUUAACCCGUAAGCUUAGCAAGUGAAGUGUUCGCAUCACAGAUAACAGAAUAAAAUGUAAAAUCGCCAAAGCGGUGAAUGAACUU